UAGCGUGAGAAUGUAAACAAACCAACCAGGUGGCAACUCUGUAGCACAUAUUUCGCUGUGAGAAUAAAUAAUUAGCAAUUCUCGGCUCUGAUUUCGUAAAUAAUAGUAGAUGAGAGCAGCGAAACGAACGAGAAAACAUUCAUAAACCAAAGCACAAUGGCUGAUCGUGCGAUCAAGCUCCUGGUGAUCGGGGAGAGUGGCGUGGGCAAGUCCAGCCUGAUACGUCGCUUUGUGGAGAACAAGUUCGAUGAUAACCAUGACGUCACGAUCGGCAUGGACUUCAAGAGCAAGGUAAUGAACGUAGACGGCAUCGACUAUAAGGUGGCUUUGUGGGACACGGCGGGCGCGGAACGCUUUCGCAGUCUGACGCCAAGCUUCUACCGGAAGGCGCUGGGUGCCAUACUGGUCUACGACAUCACCAGCCGGGACUCGCUGGUGAAGCUGGAGACGUGGCUGGCGGAGCUGGACAGUUACAGUGACAAUCCAAACAUAGCCAUCAUUGUGGUGGGCAAUAAGAUCGAUCAGGAGCGGGAGGUGGAUCGCGAGGAGGGCCGCAAGUUUGCCCGCAAGCAUCGAGCACUCUUCAUCGAGACGUCGGCAAAAUGCGAUCAGUUUGUGAGCGAUGUGUUCAAGGAUAUCGUGGAGAAGAUUGUCUCCUCGGAGUACUUUAACAAUGGCAACGGCUCGACGGGCAUGGACAUUGGCGGUGAUCGGGAUCUGGAGGCAAGCGCUUCCUCGUGUUACUGUUGAUAUCCGGCUGUGUGUUUAGUGUCCCUUCGUCAAACAAAUUUCUAGCGUGUAUUUAUUAAUCGUUCAAUAUCAUAGCAUAAAGCCAAAACCUCAACGUUUAAUCUUAUACAAUUCUUCAAAGUUGAUCCGGGAAUCAAUAGGAUACACGUAUUUACCAAAUUUUCUGUGUGAUCAUUGGAGGCUUCCCUAUAUCAGAAAGUUUCCUUUUAAAUACAUCUAUGUAUGUGUCUUGCAUUUUUCUGUAA